GUCUAAAGCUGUGAUAAUGCCACAACACAGUAAAACAGUAGAUACCUAAUUUAUUGAUAUGAUAUUUCAACAAUGACCCAGUAAACAAACAAGACAACAUAACUCUGCACAGAUAUUAAAAAUUAACAUCUAGACAACACAAAGCAAAUCUGACAGAAUAGAACAAUAAACUCAACAGAGAAAAGUUCACACACUGAAAACAAUCUUACAUUAAUAAUAUGUAUUCUUCUGUAAUUUGUAGGUGUUUCAUUGGGCCUCAUAGUCCUGCACAGAGGCCUGACUGCAACAGAGUGGUGGAGGGCAUCUUCAUAAGGCUCUGUGCUCUCUACCAAAACGCGGUGCGUGUUAAUGGAGAGAGGGUCACCCGCUUCACAAUGAUUGCACGGGUCUACAGACAUAUCCGAGAGUGCAUCCUCACCAAUGAUAGGGUGAUGAGAGAAACCACCAUCCAGCUUCCACAGAUGAACGCUUCAACAAUCUCAGACUGGUUCUCCAAGCGUGACAAGUCACAGGAUGUGGGGGUUACAAAGCAGGGUAUCAAUUUCCCAGAUGCACCCAUGGCUGGACCUGAGAAGCUUCCUGCGGCUUUGCAGAAAGGGCCGACCCUAUUUCCAGGGAGCUUGGCUGAGCCUCACCUUUUUGUCCUGCCAAGAAACACUGCUGGGGAGGCAAAACUCAAGAGGAGGUCACAACCUCCAGCCAUCUCCCAGGCACCACCAUCACAUCAAAGACUCCCUAUCAUUGCACCAGCAAUACCCGUCUCUCUGCAUUUCAUUUUGCCCUCCCUGCAGCUUCCGACAGUUGUAGAUACAUCAUCUUCAGUGCCUGGAACUUCAGAUUUUUAAAAAUCAGAUUAGGACAUAAUGUAGCCCACUUGCUUUGUUUUUUCAGUAUGUCACUAGAGAGAAAGCAUGUAACAGAGAGGGGUGUCCCUCUACCUCUUCUCAGAUCAUCAGCAAAUAUACAAAUACACACAGUUCAGUUCAGUUCUCUCUGUUUUAUGAAA